CUUUCGUGCUGGUAAGUGAAGAAAAAAAAGGAUAGGAAUCACAUUGCAUUCUGACAUAAAAAAAAUUAAAUUAAUUAAAAAUGCAAAAAAGCGCAAGUCAAAAGAAUUCCAGCAGCAAAAGCUCAACUGCACCAAGCUUUCCAAGUGAUCAUGAUGUGCUGUAUAAGGAAGCAUAUUUGCGUUCGAUCAACGAGCCAGAAAAGUUUUGGGACGAGAUAGCAUCUCAAUCGAUAUCAUGGGAUAAGAUGUAUAAUCAAGUGUUGGACAACAGCAAUCCACCGUUCACAAAGUGGUUCUGUGGUGGAUAUUUGAAUGCCUGCUAUAACUGUAUCGAUCGACAUGUCGCUAAUGGAAAUGGCAAUAAGGUUGCCUUGAUUCAAGACAGUCCAAUUACGAAUACCAUUCGACGAGUCACUUACAGUGAACUUCUUGAUACUAUCUCAAGACUCGCUGGUGGACUGAAGAAGCUUGGAGUAGGAAAAGGUGAUCGUGUUGUAAUUUACAUGCCCUUAAUUCCCGAAGUUGUGAUUGCCAUGCUUGCAACUGUUCGCAUUGGUGCAGUUCAUUCGGUUGUUUUUGGAGGCUUUGCAUCAAGCGAGUUAAGCACAAGGAUCGAACAUGCUGAACCAAAAGUUGUGAUCAGUGCCAGCUGUGGUGUUGAGCCUAAUAAAGUCAUUCCGUAUAUUGAUAUUCUGCAUGAAGCUAUCGAAAUGUCUCAUUGGAAGCCAGACAAAUGUAUUAUAUACCAACGAAAAAAUAUUCUUGUUUCGGAACUGGAUCCACAUAUGGAUUUAUGUUGGGAAAGUGCUAUGGCAGAGCCAGCUGAAUGUGUCUCAGUUGAAGCUAAUGACCCAUUGUAUAUUCUUUAUACUUCCGGAACGACUGACAAGCCAAAAGGGGUACAACGUCCGGUCGGGCAUAUAGUAACAUUGAUGUAUACAAUGAAUACUAUUUAUGGACUUCGUCCUGAUGAUGUUUGGUGGGCUGCGAGUGAUUUAGGAUGGGUUGUUGGACAUUCUUACAUUGCUUACGGACCACUUCUUUAUGGAUCAACAAGUGUCAUGUACGAAGGCAAACCUGAUCGAACACCAGAUCCUGGUCAAUAUUUCAGAAUCAUUGAACAACAUCAAGUAUCAGCAAUAUUCAGUGUUCCAACAGCUUUUCGUGUUAUCAGAAAGGUUGAUCCACAUGCUCGAUAUGGCAGCAAGUACAGCUUAAGUUCUUUGAAGAGAAUUUUCAUCGCCGGUGAACAUUGUGACUUGGAGACAAAGAAUUGGAUGGAGAAUAUCUUUAAAGUUCCUGUUCUUAAUCAUUGGUGGCAGACUGAGACUGGAUCUGCUAUAACUGCCACAUGUGUUGGAUAUUCACAAAACUUGAAUGUCCCAAACUUUACAACUGGACUUCCAUUUGUCGGCUAUGACAUCAAAGUAAUGGCACCAGAUGCAAAGAAGCUUGAAGAACUUGGUCCAAAUCAAUUGGGAAGGAUUCUGUUGAAACUUCCGUUGCCACCGGGAAAUAUGUCUACGCUGUACAGAAAUGACGACUUGUAUGAGAAGGUCUACUUCACACGAUUUCCUGGCUAUUACGAUACUAUGGACGCAGGAUACAAGGAUGAAUCUGGCUACAUCUACGUAACUGCUCGUGAUGAUGAUGUGAUUAACGUUGCCGGACAUAGGAUUUCGACAUCUAGCCUUGAAGAUGCAAUUUUGAGACAUCAAGAUGUGGCUGACUGUGCUGUUUUUGGUGUUCCUGAACAUACUAAGGGCCAGGUGCCAUUGUGCUUAUACGUCACAAAAGAUGGAGUGAAAAAACCGCCAGCAAAGAUAUCCGUGGAAAUCAUUAAGACAAUCCGAGAAGUAAUUGGACCAAUCGCAUCGUUUCGACUUGUAGCCAAAGUCCAAGCACUGCCGCGUACGAGAAGUGGCAAAACAAUGAGAAAAGCAUUAGCUGACUUUGCACGAAACAAGACUGUCAAUUUACCAGCAACAAUUGAAGAUCCAUCUGUAUUCAUUGACAUUCGACGAGCAUUAAACGAGUUGGGCUACGCUAAUUCCGCACCAUCUCCUUUGUAUGCCGUCAAAAAACGGGACUAGAUUUAUUGACUUUUAAUGUGUUUACGGGACCUUUUAAUAUUAAUUAAUUAAUUAAUUGUAGCAAUAAUAAUUAUGGGACAUAAUAAUGCUAUUUUUGAGGAACAAAACUUAAAUAAAAAUGAACAACAUUUUAAUUAAUUAUAGAAUUUUUAA